AUGAUAACCACUUUAUUUCCAAGAUGUCUGACGACCUCGAUAUAUAUAUGGACAGCAUAUGUUACAAUACUUCAUGUAAACACGAUACCGAGCAUACUCGUGCUUACUCCAAUUCUGAUAUUGGCAACAAUAGGAAUCUUUGCUUAUUUCAGAGUAGUAUCGACGGGACCAGGAACUCCCUCUAAUUUUCCUGAUCUAAGAGUCUAUAAUUUGGAGGAUGCCAAGCGAGGAAUAGAAUUACCGCCUGAGUACAUUGCCAAGAGAUCAUUCACACUGAAAAAAGAUGGAAGAUACAGAUUAUGUCAAACAUGCCAAGUGUGGAAACCAGAUAGAUGCCAUCAUUGUUCAACCUGUGAUAAAUGUAUUUUGAAAAUGGAUCAUCAUUGUCCAUGGUUUGCUGAAUGUAUUGGGUUCGAAAAUCAGAAAUACUUCGUUCAAUUUUUGAUAUAUUGUACUGCUUAUUCCAUCGUAGUUCUUUUUUUCACGUCUUGUGAAUUGCAUUAUUGGUUCUCAGGUAAGCAAUAUGAGGAUGAGUUGAUUGACCUGAUGCUAUUGACAGUAUGGAUCUUGGCGAUUGUUAUUACGGUUAGUCUCAUUUUCUUUUCCUCAUUUUCCAUUUAUCAACUUCUCAAGAAUCAAACUACUAUUGAGAUGUAUGGUAUGAAACGAGAAAAGAGAGACCUGGAAUUAUUAAGAGGGUUGGAGGAUGCAGAAGUUGAUAAUAUAUUUGAUUUGGGAUCCAGGAGAAGAAAUUGGGAAAGCGUAAUGGGGGAAAGUUAUAUGGAAUGGAUAUUUCCCAUCAUGACAUAUAGACGUGUACGAAAUAAACACUCCAAGGAUGAGCAUGGGCUUUAUUUUGACAUCAGAAUGGAUAAUAGAAACCAUUUACUAGAAAGUGCUGAUUUACAAAAUAGGUUAUUGAGAAGGGUGACACCACGACCAUCAAUGGAAACCACUGAACCUUUAACGAACAGUUUUGAUUGA